GGUUGAUAUGGCGCUAGAAGCUGUCGCUAGGCGAGUCCGAGCAGGGCAGUACCCCAACCUUAGCCUUUCGAUAAUUGUGAACGACACGGGAUCAGGCUGUGGAACUAAUCAAAUAAGGGUGCUUUCUAUAGCUGCUAUGAUGUUCAUCAACUCUCGUGUCUAUUGCUACAUCGGUCCACCAUGUAGUGGAGAAAGUACCGCUGCUGCGGAUUUAGCAACAUACCUCAACAUCCCCAUCGUAACGGCAACUCUCCCAUCUAUAGAGUUCAUCAACAAGCAUUCUCGCUUCCCAACGAUGACUCGAACAUCAUACGAAAUGAAAACAAUCAUCAAGGUCAUAUUAUCAACACUUCGUCAUUUCCAGUGGAGUAAUUUUGCUUUUAUAUACCAGUUUCCUACAGGUAAUGCUUCUGUUGUGUUAUUAGACUUCGUCAUUCCUUUUCCAGAGUUUACCGAAAACGAGUUUGCCGUUAGGUACAUCUCAAUUGAAGAACCCGACUCACUUGAUGCUGUUUUGCUUAGUGCAAUAGAAAAGAACAGAGUCAUAAUCAUCGCAGCUCGAGGAGAACUAGUAAGAGAGACUAUGUUAUUAGCCUAUGAUAUGGGACUUAUCAACGGGUCAUAUGCUUUCAUCAGUAUCGAACCUUUCAGUAACACCUUGGUCUUUGGCGAUGACAACUGGAAACAGAACGACGGUCGUGAUGAAGAUGCGAAGAAGGCCUAUGAAGCUUUACUAACAAUCCGUCUCUACGAACCAGACACUCAGGAGUACAAAGAUUUCCAGAAUGAACUGGAACGCAGAGAAAAGAGGGAUUAUAAUUGGACCAGACCUGAUCCUGACCAUAACAAUUACUUCGCGAGUGCUUUCCACGAUGCUGUCAUCUUGUAUUCACUUGCCGUCAACGAAACAUUGGCAGAAGGAGGAGACAUCAGAGAUGGACAUAGGAUCACCAGAAAGAUGUGGAAUAGAACGUUUGACGGUAUAUCUGGUAAGGUGACAAUUAAUAGUAACGGUGAUCGUGAUGCAGACUAUUCACUGUGGGAUAUGACUGAUACAGAAGCAGGUACAUUUGAGGUUAUAGCAAACUAUUAUGGGGCGACUGGAGAAUUUCAUGAAACUGACGUGAAACCGGUUUGGCCUAAUGGAGCUACAGGACCGCCUAAGGAUGAACCAGAUUGCGGGUUCAACGGUGAAAAGUGUCCACCAAAGCCGAGCGGCUUGACAGUACUUGGUGUUGUUGGUAUUACGGCAAGUGUAAUUGUUAUAGCUGCCAUCUGUGCUCUCUUUCUUAUCUACAGAAAACUUCGACUGGAUGCCGAACUAAUGAAGAUGUCAUGGCGGAUCAAAUGGGAGGAGUUGGUCUUCGAAGAAAUCGGCAAAUCGGUUGCCACGGCAACAUCAGGUUCCAGACUUGUUGCAUCAAGGGUAAGAGCUUUACCAACAAGCACGGAUGCAUCGGUAAAUAACCGCUCGUUCCUCUCUCGUCUUCAUUGAGAAUCAACCAAGAAAAAAACAAAUAA